GAUUGGCCGGGUGCGUGUGGUGCGCGUGACGCGUGUCGCGGCGGUGCGGGUCCCGAUUGCUGCAGCCGCUUGUCAGUGUGACGAAGAUUGGCACCCAGGUUUCUGUCUUCUGUAUUGUGCAUCAGUGGGAUUCACUCUGCUGGAACAAGAUAAUGUCUUCUUCAGUGAGCUGAAGGAAAGGGAGUAUUUGUUCAUACUUACGAUGAUUUGACAUAAUUAAUGUUUUAUUAACCAUGAUGGCAACACAGACAUUAAGUAUAGACAACUAUCAAGAUGGACAGCAGAUGCAAGUAGUAACAGAGUUAAAAACUGAACAAGAUCCCAACUGCUCCGAAACUGAUGCAGAAGGGGUGAGUCCUGCCCCUGUAGAAUCUCAGACUCCAAUGGAUGCAGACAAGCAGGCCAUUUACAGGCACCCACUAUUUCCCUUGUUAGCACUAUUAUUUGAAAAAUGUGAACAAUCUACCCAAGGCUCAGAAGGAACAACUUCUGCUAGUUUUGAUGUAGAUAUUGAAAAUUUUGUAAGGAAGCAAGAAAAAGAAGGAAAACCCUUUUUCUGUGAAGAUCCAGAAACUGAUAAUUUGAUGGUAAAAGCAAUCCAAGUUCUACGUAUUCAUCUCCUUGAGCUAGAAAAGGUUAAUGAACUCUGCAAGGAUUUCUGUAGCCGUUACAUUGCCUGCCUGAAGACAAAAAUGAACAGUGAAACUCUAUUAAGUGGAGAGCCUGGAAGUCCUUAUUCACCUGUGCAAUCUCAGCAAAUUCCAAGUGCCAUUGCAGGCACACUCAGUCCCCAAGGGAUUAUGGUGCCAGCAUCAGCAUUGCAGCAGGGAAAUGUAACUAUGGCAACAGUAGCAGGGGGGACAGUGUAUCAGCCAGUCACUGUGGUCACUCCACAAGGUCAAGUGGUGACACAAGCACUGUCACCUGGCACUAUUCGGAUCCAGAACUCUCAGCUUCAGUUGCAAUUAAACCAAGAUCUAGGCAUCUUGCAUCAAGAUGAUGGCUCAUCAAAAAAUAAAAGAGGAGUUCUUCCGAAGCACGCUACAAAUGUGAUGAGAUCUUGGCUUUUUCAGCACAUAGGGCAUCCAUAUCCAACAGAGGAUGAGAAGAAACAGAUUGCAGCACAAACAAAUCUGACACUACUCCAGGUUAACAACUGGUUUAUCAAUGCUAGAAGGCGAAUUCUUCAGCCGAUGCUGGAUUCCAGUUGUUCUGAAACUCCAAAAACAAAGAAGAAAACAGCACAGAACCGACCAGUUCAGAGGUUCUGGCCUGACUCCAUUGCCUCAGGAGUUGCUCAGCAGCAGUCUAGUGAGCUCACAAUGUCAGAUGGUGCUGUUGUAACAAUUACAGCUCCAGUCAACAUGAAUGUAGACAGUCUGCAGUCUUUGUCAUCCGAUGGUGCUACUUUGGCUGUUCAGCAAGUUAUGAUGGCAGGGCAGAGUGAGGAUGAAUCUGUAGACAGCGGUGAAGAUGAUGGAGGAGAUCUCUCAACAACAAAUAUCAGUGGGCUGGUCUUGGAUAACAGCGAUUCUCUGCAGUAGGAAGCAAGAGAGCGUGACAAAACCUUUAGGAAAAAGAAUGGACUGACUGAGUGACUGUUUUUAUAGUUUGCACAGCAAACAUUUUACACAAGUUUUAUUUCUAAUAUGUUUUAUAUGUAGAUAUAGAAGGGUGCACUUUUUUGUAUUUCAUAGCAAGCUUAAAGAGUGUUUUUGCAGGUGCAGCAACUUCUUUCAAAUGUGUUUUUUCAUUUAUUUUCCUUAUUUCAGAAAAUUAUAUCUAGUAAUAUAAAGAACCACAUAAGCACCCCUUUGUUCUAUGAAUUGGAAGUGCUGCAAUUUCUAAAGAAUAAUGCAGUUUCAAUUGGUGCUGUUAUUUAAGACAGCUCUUGAUGGGCAGGUGUUGUAAAUUUAAAGCAUGUGACACUAGUGUGUGGAACUUGAUCAUUGACUUAGAUGCAUAUAUUUGAAAGAUGCUUCUGCACCUUAAAAACUGCUAGUCUGAGGUGGACAGCAACACACAUAAGAAGAAAAUGUUGAUGUGUGAUUCAGUAGCGAAUGUAUGGCAAUUUAAAUAAGUUUAGUUUCUCUCAUAGUCCAUGAGCCUGUUUAUCAUUUGCUAUGAAAACUCCUAUUUUUACCUUGCCAGGGUUAUUGGAUAAAAAAUAUUUUUAUAAAUUCACUAGGAAUUGGGAUGACGACUGUAUUAAGCAGGAGGGGAGGAAAAAAAAAAACAAAAAAAAAACAAUUUCCAGAGGGGAAAAAUAAAUGUUUAGUAUUCCUAUUUGGAAGGUCUGAAAACUGACCAAAUUUAAUAAUACAAGCCUAUGCUAGCAUUCUAUGAUUCUCAGCUAUCCCACAGUGAUAGUGAUAUACUAUAUUUGAUAAUAGCUUCAGAAGGGCCCACUGUUUGAUGGGAUUUUGAUAUUGUCGAACAUUGAUUUAUAUUAUGUGUAAUCUAAUACUCAAAUUGCAUUAACUCUGUAUCUAGACGUGUGUCUGAAGAUAUUUGCUAAAUGAAUAUUCAGGUAAGUAAAUUCAAAUACCCACAGCUUUUCCAGUUAUUAGAGAAAUUUAACAGUUUAUAGUUUGUACAAUUGAAUCAGAAAAAUGGGAAUUUGCCUACUAUACAGUCAUGAAUUCUGCUAUCACUCUGCUAUUUUAUUGCAUUUGAAAUCUUUUCCCCUAAUACAAAAAGAAAUAUAACUUAAGUAUUUAUAUAACGUUUCUUCAAAUCUGAAGGUUACUACCAGCAGGCUUUAUUAGAGUAGAAAGUCCUUGUGUCAUCUGAAAACUAAGAGCUAGUGGUAAAAACUUUUUUGUUUGUUUGGGUUUUUUGGUGGUUCUUUUGGUUUUUUUUAUGUUGGGUUUUUUUGUUUUGUUUUGUAACCAUUCACUUGCUUUUUCCCCGGAGAUUGGAGUCUGUGUGUGUCUGUCCAUGAACACUUACCUUUGGGAGUUCAUAUUUCCCAUGAUUAAGUAUAAAUAACAGACUCCAAGAGUCUCAUGGUAAAAUUGUCCUCUUUCCACCCUAUCUUUUUGUCACAAAAUUGGGUUAGAUCAAACCAGAACUUCUGAUUUAGAUCAAGCCUAGUUGCAUUUCUAACAUGACAAGAAAAAGAUUUUAGCUUUUAGAAUCUAGACCUUGUAUUUGGACAAAGCCCUUUGACAGAUGCAAAUAUUUAGUUGAAUACUUAAUUUCUACUUCACAAAACCCUUGGGCAUGUGUUUAGGUCGCAGUGAUCUCAGUAGGAUUAACACAGGGACUUUUUGACAUGCUUAAAUGGUUGGAACCUGGUCUUUACUGAUCGUCUUCCGAGACAAGUACAAGUUGGUAGGAAGAAAAACUUCAGAAAGAGAUGUCAGUAGCAUUGGCAGCUAUGCAUGGAGAGUAAUACUGAUUUGCAAUAACUAGUAACAACUUUGAAGAACUGGUGUUGGGUUAUACUCAAUACAUGUGUUGUUUCUGCUAUGGCUUUGACUUAUUCCUGGCUGAGGAUCUUGCUGCUUAGUUCAAAUGCUAUGAUGAUUGGUCCUACUCCAGCUGGAGCAAUAAUUUCAUAAUAUUUUUUUUCUUCUAAGUUCUCUAUUUUGCCACUAAUGUGCCGAGUUUGUUAAAGAGCAUAGUAAACGAAAAAUGAAAUAUUUCAUUUGGAAAGCUUUGACAUGGUGCAACUGUCUCAAAGGCUACUGUCAAAUCCAGUCUGACCCAAAAAUGCUGAAAAAAGAUGGAUACCAUAUACAAAUCAUACUCCUUUGGAAAACUUUCAACUUACUUCUCCUACAAAGGAUACCUGAGAUUACUAAAACUGAGAGACAGAUUCCUUUUUUUUUUUUUUAUUUAAUUAAGUGCUUCAAACCCCCACCGUUUCCAUUACAAUAGUAGGUUAUAUUUGUUGGUUUGGGCUUUUUGUUCAGCUGCCCUUGUUUGUAUUUAAUAGUGCAUUAAUCUUUGUACUUCUAGCAUGUAGGCAGAUGAAUAGUCUAUUUCUCAUGUGAUGGGCCCUAUGGACAAAUACGUAUUUUUCCAAUUCUAUCUGUACUGGAGGAUCAGGCCAUUUCUUACUGUCUACUUACUUUCCCUGACCAGUUGUUGCUGCCUCAGAUCUCCCAGCAGAGCUUUCCUCACUCUGCCUUGAGAUAUUUUAGGAAGCAGCUCAGCCAGCAGAUCUGUUGGGGUAACAAGUGGCCAGCAGUCAAGGGAAGGGUGAGCCAAAAUUGGAAAAAAACUUCAGUGGUUUGAGAGAAUGUAGCAAUGGGCAUUUGCCUGUACUUGAAAACUCUGAGAACUGAGGUCUUAAAAGAGAGAGGGUAUUAAAACCAUUCAAUAUCUGGAUGGGAAACAACAGCUGGAUGGGAAAAAAAAAAAAAGGUUUAGGAAAGUAUAGUCUAUGUGCCACUUGGAACUAAUUUGGAAACAACCAGGUAUCAGGGUUUCCAAACUUCUGAAAGUUUAUUUUUCAGAAAGAAAAUGAUGUGGUUAGCUUUUCUAUUCCCCUCACCUUAUAUGCAGCAGAAGUUUUAUUUUUCUGAAACAUUUACAACUUCAUCUUCAGGUAAUUUAUCAACACCUGGAGAGUGAAGUUCAUGGAACUUGCUGUGAGAAGGGGAAUAUGGAAUAGUUUACUGUCAAGUUAGAAAUGUAAAAACAUAGGAACAUGAAUUCCUAAAACUGAAAAGGCCUUACCAGUUUAAUCAAAGGUAUUGCCUAAUAUAUGGAACUCAAACUGUGUCCUUUAAAGUAGUGAGAAUUCUGUAGUAGGUAUGACCCGCACAGAAGAGUUUGUUCUUUUCACAUGUUAAAAAAAAAUGUCCUUUUUACUGUAUAAGAAAGGUUGCUGGUUCAAGCAAAGCGUCACUGUUCAGGAAAGGUGCAUGUUUACAUCACUUUAAGUCUUUAUAGGGGGCCUAACUUCAAAACCAUGUUCAAAAGCAAUAGAACUAAUUUGCUUUUAAAGUCAGUGUAAUUCUUCUGCAAUUACAGUUAUUGAGUCAGUAAUUUGUUGGAAUGUAAACUAGACUGUUAACCCAAACAGGGUUCUCAGACCAUUUUUUUCAAAAUUUCUGUAACAGGCAAGGUUCUUUAAAUUAAGAAACAUUGUGUUUUAGUAAAUUGGUUCCAAAUUGAUCAGGCUGUAUUUUUAAAUUACUGUUCCAAAGAAGUAAUCAUGUUGGAAAACAUUUAGCUCUCUGCAGAGUUUUUCCUAGCACUGGAUGUUGGGUCAAAGUGGAGUCCUGCUGACCUUGGGGAGACUCAGAUUCAUGUUGGGCUGCAUUUACCUACAAGAGAAGUGGUUCUUUUUUCUGAACCCUCAGCGAUUUUAGGAAGCUUUUGGAGAGCCCUCCAGCUUUAUCUUUCCUGUGUACCUAAGUUUUCUUCUAGUGGAAACCAGCAUAUGGGCAAAGGGCUUCGCAGGGCAGGAAUUUGUGUUGACCUGGUGUGUAUCACAUAACUGUUUUGUUGUUCAAAACAGGGCCAGAAGGCAGACCUACCGUGAGGAACUAGUUUGCAGUUCCUGUGCUUUAAAAGUAGCUUCAGGCUUACAGAUAUUCUAAUGGAGUAUGGACACAAAGACUUAAUGCAUUAAUAAUAUAUCUAUUUGUUUCCCUAAUCACGUCAAAAAACAAUUAGAAAGCAGUUAAGCUUCCUGACUUUUUGAACUUGACAGCCCAAAGGAUGAAACAGCCUUUCCAAGGGGUGAUGGUUUCAUAAAGCCAUUAGACUUGUAGCACUUAAAAGAAACAAACAAAAACCUAAAACACCGUGGUAUUUUGGAAAAAAAAUGGAACACAUGCAUUUAAAUGUUAUUAAAGUUGAUUUAAGAUUUAUUUUCUGAAGCUGUUGUCUUGGGAGAAAAAAAAUAAGUAUUUGUCUAUGCAAGACAUAACUGUCAAAAAUGUGUGAAUUACCCAUUUUUAGGUGCUGUACUGUUAUUGUCUUUCUGACUUCUGUUACUUUAAUUACACUUUUAAACCCUUCAGCCUUA